AUGUUUCCUCGCACCAUGAUCCCAAUAUUUCCUCACACCAAGAGAAACAACAUGAAUUUCAAGACCUGGAAACGCAUCCCAGCUUCUCGCCGAGAGAUCUUUGAUCUCGAGGAUAUCGACAGGAAAUCUAGCCAUAUCCUCAACGCCGCUGUGCGUUCCGGCGUUACCUCCUUCUCACUUCAGGUUUGCCCUGUUCGUGGCGAUCAGACCUGUCGCUACCACUUCUAUCUUGAACUCGACACGAGCAUUCCGUUUCGUGAUGUCGAGGGCAACAUGGCCAGCAUUCGUGGCCUCGUCAUGUGGAUGGAGUGUUACGGACAUGGCUGGGGUGAACUUACCUUCGGUUUCGUCAUCCGAGACCGUCCCUUCCCCGGACCCCUUCUGGCGGACUUUAAGUUUCCUCUUAUGGGAACCCAGACUUCUGGUUGCAUCACUCUACUCCAUCUAAUCGACCUUCUUCGAGGAGUCCCGCGCGAGGAGCUUCGCGAUGAGGACUGCUUCGACUUGACCAAGUUCCGUUUCUGUCCUAUCAGUCAGGACCUCCGCGGUUACCGCGAUGCUCUCACCCAGUGGAUGGUCCGCCUCUGCAACAACGGGUUUGUUGGAUGGUGGUCCUACCACCAGUCUGUUGUGAACACUGUCUACGUUGAUGACUACGAGGGUGACGAGUAUCCCGAUGAACACGCCAACAACGCGUUUGGAAGAAUCAUCGGACUCAACUAUCAUCACAACGCUGAGUUCACCGCCGAGCGCCGCCUGAUCGUCCACAUGACAACCAGGCUCAUUCGUCGCGGUGUUUGGCUUGACCGCGAGUUUCAUCGGGCUGAGCACUUUGGCGAGAUCGACCUCCCGUACGAGUACCGCGAUGAUGACGAGGCCGAGUGA